CAGCCGAACGGACCGAUGUAAACAACGCGGCAAAAUGAUAAAAAAUCAACCCUUCCGCACGUAUAAUAGCAUAUUAAGUGUGCCGGCGAUCAUCGUUCUUCUUUUGGUGUGCUCGGCCGAAAUGGCGGCAGGAACAUUCCAUUACUUCGCCUACGGAAGCAACCUGCUUGGUAAAAGAAUUCACAUACAAAAUCCCACUGCAGUACGGAGAGGAUACGGCUAUCUGCAGGAUUAUGGAUUGGACUUUUUCCACUAUGCAGCACGCUGGCGAGGUGCUCCCGCUACGAUCGUCGGGCAGAAGGGGGAGCGAGUGUGGGGCGCAAUAUGGGAGAUUGAUAACAGCAAUCUAGCCGAUUUGGAUCGUCAAGAAGGUGUACAUAACAGUGUGUAUAAGCCGCUUACACUGCCGGUGGUGUUACCAACUGGUGGCACCCUAGACUGCCGAGUAUAUCAGUUGGUGAGCAAUCCCUGCCCCCUCGGGGCGACAGAAGAACGGCCGUACGAGCGGCAACCAUCGAAGACGUACAUGAACAUCAUCAUCAACGGAGCAAAGGAGACGGGCUUGCCGGAAGAGUAUGUAACUUGGCUGAAAAGCGUGCAGCACAACGGAAACACGGGCGAUCCGCAACUAUCUUUGGAAUUAGAGAAACCCAUCGACGAUUAAAUCGAUCGAAGCGAAGCUUAUGGGCGAAUUUGAAUCCGAAUUUUAUACUGGAACCUGUUGUUUUUUGUAUUACUUGCUACCGAACAAACGGAUUGCUAAAAGCAUGUUUUUUAAAAAUAAAUUCAUUACGGUAUUCUAAACAAAUA